CUGUUAACCAGUCAAAUGAACCAAAAUACGGAAGAUGGAAACUUGAUAAUUUUUAUUCAUAAUUAAAUGAUGAUCCUCGUAUUAUUGUAUACGUUUUAUACAGAUAUCAUGAACAAUAAUGACUUUGGAUUCUUUGUAUCAUGUAAAUGAAUGAAUACUAAAAAUACAAGGAUAUGUCUGGGAAAGGCGAAAAACACGAGAAGACCUCCGGGUCCAAAGUGUUAAAAAAGGCAAGAUCAUUUCGGGAAGAUUUUAAAGGUUUAAUCAAACGCCGUCCUUCCAACUCGAGCACACAUGGUCUUCCAGCUGGUAAACCAAAGAUACAAGUGAAUGGUGGUAGAGUCGAUGACAAGGAUCCUGACCUACAGAAGUUACGGACAGAAGUUGACAGUGUGUAUCGUUCCCUACGUUAUAUAAAAGCUGUGAUAGAUCAAGAGAAGCUACAAAUAGUUCCAAACACGGCAACAGUUGUCCUGGAUACCGUGAAUGAUGUCUUCCUUAUACUCAACAGCUUCUUUAUGACUCAAGACAGCUCAUCAUUGACAUCUCGACAUAAUAAAGUAUGUCAGAGUUUAGCACAUUUUAUAAAGUGGGCAGAUGAUCUUCUGCUACAUGGUCAUAAAAGCAUGAUCAACAAAGACAAUGCUCAUCAGCUGAUUACUUCACUUACAGAUGGCAUGGAGGAGUUGUACCAGAUAUGUCUAGAUAAGUGGGAGGACAGACGUAAUCACACCUCACCCCAAAAAUCCCCUGCUCCAAGGUCACCAGGUCCUAACAGUCCAAGUCCCAAGAACAACUCCCUUCCUGAUAUCCCUCUUACCCCAAGAGAACGAGAAAUUCUGGACAAAACAAGUGACCUUGGUAUCUAUGACAACCCAGGAAUGCCUGUAUCUAGGUCAGCUGACAGCGUGACUAUGAGUAAUGGCGGAACAAGUUUUGAGUUCCCGGCCACAGACUGUACGCCACCACCCAAACCACCGCUACCUCAGAAUGCAGGCGUCAUUGUUCCACAGUUAAUACAGAAGUCAAUGUCUCAAGAUGAUACUGAUGGUGGUGACGCCCCACCUCCUCUCCCGGACAAGACAAAACGUCGCUCACAAAUACAAAACAUGCUCGAAAUGGUGUCAAAUGCCGGUUUACAUGCCGGUAACGUAUCUCCUAGCAACUUGUCACCACAUAAUAGCAUGAUUUUAUCAGGAAAUGUUUCUUUUCUUGAUUAUUCUAUGAACUCAAGUAAUGGUAGUUUACAUAGUCAAGGGUCGUGUCCUUCCCCUUCAAGUAGUGUAAGCUCUGGAUUAAACCAGUCUGCGGAAAGUUUAAUGUCAGAAGGAAAUGUUCAAAGGAGCGGACAUUUUUCAAAAACAGUUUCUGACUCGACACUUACCAAGAAAUCAGUAGUGUUAAAAAGCUCGCAUUCUGAAUGCACAGUGAACCAAAUAAAUCAAUUAACACAAGAGAUUGAUAAAUUAACAAAGCUUACUGACGAUAUGCAAGCCAUGACAAAGCAAAAUUUGAAUCAGGGUGCGAGGCGAUCGGAAGGCCCGCCACCCCCGUUACCAAAUAAGGCCAAUAGAAUGAAUAGAAUGGUAUCACAUUAUGACAAUGUUCCUGAUGGAGCAACGAUAGAAAGUAGUUUCUCUUCUUCAAAUGCUGUAUGCAACAGAACUUUAAUAAGUCAGACAAUUACAUCGCGGACGUCACAUCGGUCGCAAACGUCGGAAGCUAGACUUUCAUCAUCAAGUACGAGCAGUACCCAGUCUUUCAGUGGUGUUCAGAUGCAGAAAUCCAACACGAUUUCGUUUUCACAACAGACUAGUUCACAGGAGGAUGCGUAUUCGAGCUCUGGUUCAUUUUCUAGUACAAGCCACUCUAGUAUGGAUAGUAUUCCACGACCUCCCCCUCUCCCACCUAAAAUGAGACACAUUCAGACAUAUAUGCAGACUAUAGGUGCUUACACACAGCCACAAGGUAUCGAGAGUAUUUCUCGGCAUAGUAUGAACUUUUAUGAGGCUCAGUGGCAACGUCACCAGAUGGAGCUGUCACACACCCUGUACCCACGUUCAAAUACCAUCAGCGUGAUAUCAGAUUUUAGUUCAGACUCGUCAUUUGGAGGAAGUGCCCCUGGUAGUCCCUCCAUUCCAGCACUACCAGCUAAAAGAAGGUUUGGAAUAAAUCGUGAUAGUCAGUUGUCAACUACAUCUAGUCAGUCAGAUACAUUGUCUGAUGUGUUCCGUGAGAAGACAGCAAGUAUGGUGGAGCCAUCUAACAUACCUCAACAUGAUAUAGAACAGAAAAGGGCAUCAGCACCUGCGGGUCAGUACACUGAGACGCCAAUACAGGUGGAGCCACCAGCACUUCCGGAGAAAUCAGACAUUGCAAAAGAUGCUGACUCGGAUUUUGCUGAACUCAAUCCCCUAGAUGACAUUGAUGUGUCCGAUCAACUUAUUUAUAAAAAUGAGGGAGAAGAUGGUCCAGAUAUACGUGGAGGGGCUAUAGACGCACUUGUUGUACAUGCUACUGCGGCCAACAAAACCGGCUCACACAGUGAUUUAGUUAACCAGCAAGAGUUUAUGUAUCAAGAGGCGUUCCUGACGACAUAUCGUACCUAUUUGUCUUCACGUGAACUGGUGGACAAACUGCUGUACCGGUUCAACAAAUUCCAGUAUUCACCGGAUGUUACGAGGAAGAAAUCCGCUCGCAAUGCUCUAUUCCUGCUCAUCAGGGUCAUCGACUUAAUGAGUUUGUUAGAGUUAGAUGAAAAGAUGAUUGGUAUUAUGAAGGAACUCGUGUUUGAACUGUUGUGUCAAGGUGAUCUCACACUAGCUCGUGUCCUACGUAUGAAACUGAUUGAGAAAGUUGAGGCCAAAAAAGUACAGGAAGUACAUCAUCAAGAACAUAAUACACCUCUGUCUUCAAUUUCUGUAACUACAAAUCGUCCAGAUUUACUCCAUUUUAAAUCACAUGAGAUAGCAGAACAGAUGACAUUAAUAGAUGCCAAUCUCUUCCAACAGAUUGAGAUACCUGAAGUGUUACUGUGGGCAAAAGAACAGUCAGAAGAAUUGAGUCCUAACUUGACGCAGUUUACUGAACAUUUCAACAAGAUGUCAUACUGGUGCCGUACCAGAAUAUUGCUACAGACUGAGGCAAAAGAACGAGAAAAGUACAUGGUCAAGUACAUUAAAAUAAUGAGGCAUUUGAGAAAAAUGAACAACUUUAACUCUUACUUAGCAUUAUUAUCUGCCCUUGAUUCAGCACCUGUUAGACGGUUAGACUGGCAAAAACAACACCUAGAUGCAUUAAAGGAGUUUUGUCAGCUAAUUGACAGUUCUGGAUCAUUUAGGGCAUACAGACAUGCCCUGUCAGAGACUGACCCUCCCUGUAUACCUUAUAUUGGCCUAAUUCUACAAGAUUUAACAUUUAUCAACAUUGGUAACCAAGACUGUUUACCUGAUGGAAGUAUCAACUUUGCUAAACGCUGGCAACAAUUCCAUAUUCUGGACAACAUGAGAAGGUUUAGGGAUAAAAAAUGUAAUUAUGAUCUAAAGAGAAAGAAAGAGAUUGUGGAAAUGUUUGAUAAUUUUGCGGACUAUCUCGGUGAGGAAGCUCUGUGGCAGAUCUCGGAGGAAAUUAAACCUAGAGGAGGCAAAAAGAAAGUCGAAAGUGAAUUAUAGUAGAUAGUGACGAUAGGUGUGUGCCAACAUUGACUUGAUUUGUUUGUGAUAUUGAUAUGUAUUUAUCUCCACAACCAACUUUUCCUUUGAAAAUAUAUAAUUAAGCUGCGUCAUGACAAAACUAACAUAAUGGGUUUGCGACCAGCAUGGAUCCAGACCAGCCUGCCCAUCCGCGCAGUCUGAUCAGGAUCCAUGCACCUUGUAACUUGUCAUAGAGUUGGUUAGCGAGCAGCAUGGAUCCUGAUCAGACUGCACGGAUGCGCAGGCUGGUCUGGAUCCAUGUUGGUCGCAAACCCACUAUGUUGGUUUUGUCAUGACACGGCUCAUAUGUACAGUUACCACAGUAUAUGAAUAUAUGUUAAAAAACGUACAUUAGAUAUCACCAUGACAUUAUUUAUAAGUGUGAAGAAUAGUCACAUUGCAAAAAUAAAAUGACUAUUUUGAAUGAUUGUAAAUUAUUAUCUACCAUAUAAUAUAUGAGCUUUCUUCAGUCUCUAAUUUUUACGUUAUUUACUAAGCACACUAUAUAAUCCUGUCUAAUCUGUGUUGUUUAAAAGAGGAAUAUUCUUUUUCUAAAUCGCUAGUGAUGUGAACAAAUUUGACAGGUGAUAUCAACAAAAUGGCAAUUGAUAUAAAGAAAUUGAAAAAUGAUAUCAACAAAUUGGCAAGUGAUAUUAAAAAUUUCCAAGUGUUGUCAACAAAUUUGCAAGUGGUAUCAGCAAAUAUAUUGUGAUAUCAGCAAAUUGACAAGUGUUAUCAACUAAGUGAUAUCAGCAAAUUAACAAGUGAUAUCAGCAAAUUAACAAGUGAUAUCAGCAAAUUAACAAGUGAUAUCAACAAAUUGCCAUCUGGUAUCAACUAAGUGAUAUCAGCAACAAAUUUGCAAGUGAUAUCAAGAAACUGACAUGUGAUAUUUAAGGGAUUUGUCAAUAAUUUUAGGCACAAAUUUCAUGCAUAAAGUAACUUAUAUCAUCAAUAUCAUGACCCAUUGUUAUAUAACAUUUGUUUGUGUGACUAUGGACGACAACUGCUGUUAGUUAAUUAUAAUGAUUAUACCUGAUAUAAUUAUUUAAAAUGAUCACCCAUAAAUGUUGUGCUUAACUAAACCCUUAACCUGCUGAACUUCUAGCAUGAACUUGUCUGACUUUCGUUUUCGGAGCUGUCUAUGAUAUUAAGAUAAAAAUUUGAAGAUGUUCAGUCGACAGUAUAGAGCCUGGUCAGACUGUAUGGAUGUGCAGGCUAGCCUGGCUGUAUACUUGUGACAAACAUUGAUCAUUCUUGGUUCCAGCUGGUUAAAGGUUGAUAAAGAGAUAAAGAUGUCUAUUUUAUGCCAUUCUCUUCCAAGUUGGAAGAUUAUACUGUUAAACAGUUCUGCUCAUGUUGUUUAGUCAGUUAGUCAGUCUCAGCUCGACAGAUUUUUCUUUUUUUUCAUCUUGCCUAUAAGCCAUGUGGUUUCAAGUAAAACAUUUCAUGUUGUUUAGUCAGUAAGUCAGUUUCAGCUCGACAGAUUUUUCUUUUUUUCAUCUUGCCUAUAAACCAUGUGGUUUCAAAUAACAUUUUACAAUAAUGGUUUAUACAUUAUUAGUUUUCAAAGCAAUAGAGUUUAAAAUAUUUAAAUUAAGCAUGAAUAAUUUCAAUUCAGUGCAGUGAGAUUUAAUGCUGAUUAUGAUAAAGUUGUAAUAAAUCACUCUCCACUGACCAAGACUCGUAAUUUAAGCUUGGAUUUUUACAGAGUUAUUCCCCUUUGUGAUCAUUGAAAAUAUUUUACUUGGUCUUGCAUCACCAUUCAGUACUAUGCUGUCUUUGCGAAAGAUCUUAUCUUCUCUUAUUUUCCUAUGUAAUGAACAAUAAUCAUUCAAGGUAUAAUUUCUAUGGUUUAUCAGUACAGGGUGUUAGAACAGGGUCAAGAUGUCAUCAUUUACUUGUCCUUCCUCUGACCACUCUGUUGUAUUAUUGUACAUACUUAUAUAUAUAUAUUAUUGUGUGCAUAUAUAUUUAUAUCUGUAUAUAUUGUAAAAUAGUGUUUGCAUUGGGCAUAGUUGCAAUAUAUCUCAAAAACAAGGUGGCGUUUUAGUUUGGGUUGUGGCAUAUAUAUUUGGCAAUUGAUUGCACAACACAAAAUGGUCUGUCCAAUUCAUGUUGUCGUUUUCCCUAAAUCUUCUUAUUUAUUUCCUAAAAUAUGUACAAGUGUGUUGAAUCUUCAUUUUCUUCAUUACAGAAUAUUUGAUAAACAAAACAAUUAAUUCAGUCCAAAAGUUCAUUUAUGUUGAUUUGCAAUUUCAAUAAUUAUUUCAUCAUAAUAGGAAAUGUUCUAUCUUGAAGAAGAAAAAAAAAACUGCUUUAAGAACUUUGGAUUAUCUUUGGUUGGCAUGAAGUUUUAGAAAUUAUUAGUUUUACAGUGAAUUAUUCUUGAAAUAAAUAAAAAGAUAUGUUUUUCUGCAGUAUCGCUGUACAGAUAUGAACAAUAUACCGUACAACCUCUGCAUAGAGACCCUCUGUAGAGCAAUAACCUUUUUACAACAACUAUGUCAAUUUGCCCGCAAAGUGAUUUAACCUCUCAAGGGCAAUAACUCUUGGCAGCAAUCAAAAUGAUUUGUCUCCCUUAGAAUGUUGCUGUUCAGAGGUAUUUUACUGGGUUUUAAAAUGCACGAGGCUGAAUGUCGUUUUUCAAAAAGGAUAUAACCAUUUUAGUGGACAAUUUAUUCCCUUAAUUUUUCAUAAGUAGACAGUAUGUUUUGAAAUUGUCUUUUACUUUCAUUUGUGUAAACUUUGUAGAGGAGUUAGAUGUAGAAAAAUAACAAUAUUUACGAGGGUAGUUCAAGUUAGGUUACAAAGAUGUAGAUUUUUUUUUCUCUUUACUUUAAUGACUCGCAGGUUUUAAAACUCUUUGUUACUGUAAUAAAUUGUUAAAGUAAAUUUUAAUGUCUCGCUUUUCUUGACAUACAUGUUUUAUAUUUCAACUGAAAUUUAGGGAGAACUCGGUGAUGGUGACAUUUAUAAUGUCAUUGAAUGAAGUAUUUUUGUUUUACUUUCCUUAUCAUUGAUCUGAUAAUAUUUAGCAUUUAAAUUUCACAGAAAAUAAAUUAAUCAUGUAAUCAAAUGAGGUCAUUCACAAAUGAUCAAAACUGUAUUUGAAAUUUUGUGUAUGUGAAAAAAUAAUGGAUGUAAUCACAGUUGGUAAAAAAUUUUCAAAUGUUAUUAUUACUUUAAGCAACAUGUAUUUGGCAACAAGACGGGGACGUGUGUUCUUAGAAUGAGAAUUCAUUUUUUGACCAGGAUAUGUAUUAUUCUAUUUAAACAGAAUAUUAGUGCCCACAAUAUUUGUGUACUUUGUAUGGUUUAGAAAAAAAGCAUUUAACAAAAUGAAUUGUUUCUAUUUAUAUUUAGCAAAUACUGGUAUAUUGAUUUGUUUAUUAAGGUUAUACAAUUAUAAUGGUGUGAAAUUGAUGAGUAAAUAUUGUUAACCGAAAAUGUUAAUGUGCUUACUUUAAUGACGGUUCAGAAAUUAAGAAAUUGUGAUACUUUUUCCAUGCUUUAUUUAUAUAAUGGUCAUUUUGUAGAAGUAAACUUUAGAAUAUUUACACAAUGGCACGUAAUAUUUUAGUCAUACCACAACUGGUAUAGUUUAAACAAUAAUAUAUAUUGUGACAUAUGCAAAAUAUUCAUAAGAUUUAGAAUAUUUACUCAAAGGCCAGUAAUAUUUUAGUCAUACACACAACUGGUAUAGUUUAAACAAUAAUAUAUAUUGUGACGCAUGCAAAUUAUUCAUAAGGAAUAAAGGAGUUUAUUCUCAAGUUAUGAAAACAACUCGCCCAUACGAUGUGGUUUGAUCAUUUUCUAGAAUUAUGAAUAAAAAAAUGAAAUAACACCACAGGUUAAUACAUUUACAUGACGCUAAUGCACCAGGAUUUUCAGCUUAUUAAAGAUUUGUUAUUUUUACAACACUUCAAUUUUAAAUCAUUGCAAUGUUUUUAUUUUGUAAACAUUUUUGUGAAAGGUGAGUAGCUUUAAACAGCCACAUAAUAUUACAUUUUUUUGCCUUGAAAGUUUGUUUCAGAUAUAAACUGCUUCAAAAUGUGUACUUGUAUAUUUAUGUGUGCGUAAGUGUUAUAGUGUGUUAUAAAGGAAAACAUGUAGCUUGCACUUUAUUUGAAAUAAACACACGUGACCAAUAUAGUGAAAAUGUUUAUUCACUUAGAUAUUAUUUAUUCUACUUAUUGAUAUUGUAUAACAAGGGCAGUGUUGACGUUGGACUUUAAGAAAUGGAAAUAUUUACCUAAAUUAUUAAAAUGAAAUACCAGCAUGUACAAAAGUAAUUGGUUUUAAAGAUUAAUAAUACUUUAAAGAAGUUUUAUCUACUUAUAUAUAUUAUAAAACAAAAAAAAAAAUGGCUGUGUGACAGUUUUAUGUAGUAUAAAGCCAUGACUUGUUACCUUAGCACAGUAAUGGGUUAACUUGUAUCAACUUUUUAUAGGAGUUAGCCCAUUAUCGCACUAAGGUGAUAAUUAAAUUUUUUUUACACAGUUGAUAUGGCAAAAUCAAUUUAGAAUUAAUAACCUUUCUGGACACUAUUAGAUGUACAUGUAUUCUAUAUGACUGUCUAUUUUAAAAUAUAUAAUAUGUAUGAGAGAUAUAUGUGUCAGACUUAUGCUCUGAAACAGACACAGGUUGUCCCAGAAAAAUCUGUUAACAAUGUAAAAUCAAUUAUAUGUGAAUAAAUCUCACUGAAUUGCCAUUUAUAUUUUAACUGAUUAUUUUUCUUGUGAAUAUGAUUAUGCAAUAAUGAUGCCCAUGUUAAAUCAGCAAUUACUAUAUAGUAUAUUAUUAUGAUAAUUAGACGACUUGUCUAUACAAAGAACUACCCUGAUGUCCACUCUUGUGUAUAAUGGAGGGGACAAAAUGCAUGGAGGGGUACAGAGGUCAUCCUGCACCGGUAAAGCUGGAAUUUUUCGGAAUGACCAUUUUUAAUGUGGGCUUGACGUGACUUUAAAUCUUUCAAACUAUAGUAAGAAACUGUAUGACAAAUGAGAGUGAAUAAUCUGGUAUCUUCACUGAUGUUAAAAUAUGUUGUGAAUAUUUUAAGGGAAUGAAUGCAGAAAACUAGUCAAAUUGUUCUUACAUAAUUGAUGAGUAUGUAGAAAAUAUAAGAAUGUUUAAUGUACUUGGUGCAGUUAAAAUUGUGUUUCAUGUUAUAUCUAUUAAUUGAUACCUAUAUUUGUCUAGUGUUGAAAAAAUAUUAUUUAGACAUUGUGAAUAAAUACAUGAUUUCUUAA